UUGUCCCUCCCCCCCCAAAAAAAAUGCUGCGUGACGUCACCACACCCGGAGUUUAUCAAUAUGAGAGCAGCGAGAAGCGCAUCAGAUCAUUCAGGGAAAAGACCAAGACUGAGCGCCACCCGUGGACGGCCUGAAUACUACAUGGUCUACUGAAACGAGCGUUGUACUGUAUGUACAGUACCUCGAUCUACAGUAAACCACUCAAAUAAAGAUGAGCACCAAGAAAAAAACACGGACUUCCUUUGGGGCCACCGCUCCACCCUUCAUUGACUAUUUGAAAGACAUCCUACGUCGGUAUCCGGAUGGCGGACAAAUUUUGAAGGAGCUGAUUCAAAAUGCAGACGAUGCUCAAGCCACCAAUGUGACUUUUAUCCAUGACGAGAGAAGCUACGGAACUAGAAGUCUUUGGACGGACACUUUGGGACCAUUCCAAGGGCCUGCUCUGUACAGCUACAACAACGCGCCAUUUACUGAUGAAGACUGGGAGGGAAUUCAGGCUGUCGGGAGGAGCGUCAAGCGCAAUGACCCCAACACAGUCGGGAGGUUUGGGAUUGGUUUCAACUCCGUUUACCACAUAACAGAUCUUCCCAGUAUAUUCAGCUCUGGCUACCUUGGCAUUUUGGAUCCCCAAGAAAAAACAUUUGGGGAAAGACAAGGCGGUUUCCGUUGGUCGCUGGAUGACGCCGAGCAUCAAGAAGCUCUGAUGACGAUUGAUGAUCAGUUCCAUCACUUUCGGGACAUUGUUAGGCUUGUAAGCGGACAAGAGUGGUCCAAAGUCAUUAUGGAAGAUCAGCACUUUGACGGGACAAUUUUCAGAUUCCCUUUGCGUGCCGAGGCGUCAGACAUUUCGGAUAAUUUGUACAACACGGAUAGGGUUGUUGCGCUUUUUGAUAGCUUCAUUGUCGAUGCGGAACUGAGCCUGCUGUUUUUGAAAAAUGUGACGACGGUGACCUUGAUGCACAUUGACGUUCAGGGCUUUGUGAGCACAAGACUUGAAGUCAAGUCCUCGGCCUACACGGAUUUCGUUUUGGAGCCCCAAGACAAGACCGUCAUCGAGGGUUUGACCAGACUCAAAGUGCUCACCAUCAAUUCCGAAGAGCACAAAGAAACAAAGUGGCUCGUGACAACGUGUACCAUGAAGGAAGGGAACGUGGCGGAAUUGGAUACGCUUGCACAAAAGUUGAGCUUCCUCCCACAAGUUGACUUGGCGUUCCCAUGCGGUGAGAGUGAGACGAGGAGCACCAGCGAGAGCCGACUUUGCUGUUUUCUCCCGCUGCCAAACAACGAAAGCAACAAGACAGGACUGCCCGUCUAUAUCAACGCCUGCUUUGGCCUCACAGAUAACAGGAGACACAUCAAGUGGCAGGAGGAAGAUCAGCAACAUGACAAACACGCCAUGUGGAACGAAUUGCUGAUGAAGGCGGUGCUCCCACAAGUGUACAAAAUGAUCAUUGAAGCGGCCAUCCGACAUGCUCAAAAGGCUUUGCUCCCCGUGUCUUCCGUGUAUGAUCUCUGGCCGGAUCUUGACCAGCUUCAACACAAGGACAAAUGGCUCGCCAUUGCCGUAGAUGUCCUUCAUCAGUUGUUCCAAGAAAAUUUGGCUGUGCUCUCCCUCGCUCGAGAUGAAAGAGAGUUCAUCAGUCCGUUGGAAGCUGUGCUCCCCUGUACUGGCCCAGCGAACCCUGACACACUGACUGCCAUUCAAAGAACUUUGCUUUCCUGUGGAGAGAAUCUUGUGACUUUUCCGUGCAACGUCGCAAGAGCCAUAAAAUCAGUUCACCCGCAGGCCAACAACUUAACAUACGCGACGCCGGCAUACCUGAGGGAGGCCCUCCAUAGGGUGGACAUGCAUAACCUGUCCAGAGAUGACAAACUCUGUCUUCUGGAGUAUGUUCUGAGUGAUGGAAAAUACAGGGAUCUUCAGAAUCUUGAGCUUCUCCCACUCAGUGAUGGCUCUUUCAGAGCUUUCACAGACAAAGAGGAGGACACUGCUUUGAUUGACAGCAAGGAAUUUCCAAGAGUCUUGCUGCCAUUUUGCAAACACCUCUUCAUCCCAGAUGACUUAAACACGGACUGCACUGCCCACUUGAAACAAGUGGCCGGUGAAAAAUUAUUCAAGAUAAAGGACAUCGAUGCAGAUCAGGUGGCAGAGUACACUAGGAGGUAUUUGCCCGAAGACUGGAAGCGGUUGAACACAGCGUUCGUUAGCUGGGAUGUCAACAACGAUCGGCAUCCACCCUUGGAUUGGCUUCAAGAAAUCUGGAAGUUCCUCAACAAUCACUUUACAAAGUUAAGCCAUUUUAUUGACAUUCCAUUGAUACCAGUGGGGCCCCUGUCUUCCAGUCAGUCAUUAUUACUUGCUAAACUGAAUCCAAACACAACUCUUAUUUUCCAACAAAGAAGGAAAAUCAGCUUGCCAGAUAAAAUAGCCAAUUUGGUGAAAAAAGUCGGUGGCAUCGUGGUGGGGGAAAAUGAAUGGCUUAAGCAUGAUGACCUUGAUUCCUUUGUUCUAUGUCCGUCACCAAGAAGCGUUGUGACUAUCUUGAUGAACGUCGAGUAUCGAGAUCUCAUCAGAGAAUUCCAGAACAUGUGUCGCGACACUCGAGAAGAAUUGAAGGAAUAUCUUUCUUGUCUGGAUUCUCUCUCCAGUAACGAGAAGGAUCUUCUCUCAAAGGUGCCUCUGUUUCAAAACACAAAAGGUGUGCCUCUUCCAGCACACUCAAAAAAGGCCAUACUUUUAGGUUGCGGUCCAAAAGUUCCAAUGGAUCUACCAAUGCCUGAAUCAAUACUACAAUGUACAACUGAGGCGGAUCGCAGACUCUUGCAAAUGAUCGAUGUUAAUCUUUUGGACACUGCUCAAGCAGCUCAUCUCCUGAUUGAUAACAUUGAAAGCGGAGAAUGCAGCAAAGAGCACACUGAAAAGAUCAUGACUUGGAUUUUACAGCAUGGCAGUAUCCUUUUCUCCCAAAAUAAGACCUUGAAACGCCGUUGUCAAGAAUUAAGCUUCAUGGAGGCAAAUGGAGUGCUAAAAAAGACCUCACACUUUCUUCAUCCAAGAGUUCCAAUCUUCAAAGACAUUUUUGACAGCGAUUUCUUCCCACCUUCUCCAUACCUUCAAACAGACCAGAUGCUCGAAACCCUAACAGACCUUGGUAUGUUAAACAGAGAAGCAGAUCUGUCCCCUGAGCACUUGCUGCACGCUGCUGCGUUGAUCGGCCAGCUGCAAGUUCACUCGCAGGCUUUCAGCAGAGCUCAGGUGUUCUUAAACAUGCUUGAUGCUCACAGUCUCCUGGCCAACUUUUCUGACGCACAGCUUCACACCCUCAAAAUGCUAAAAUGGGUUCCGUGUGCUAACCCUGGUAAUAAUAAAGAGAAGAUUUCCCUCUUUCGCCCACAUGAACUAAGACACUCUCAGUAUGAGGAUAUUGUUGGGCAUGUCAUGCCUCUAAUUGGAAGCCUGAGUGACCGAGUUAGCCACAAACUUGGUCUCAAAUGCCUCCCCCCGCCAGCGAAAGUGAUAGACAAUUUGUUUGUCUUGAUUGCAAAGAGUGACAACAUGGAUGAUCCUGACACAAAUGGAGAUUUCAAAAGGAGGUUGCAUAGUAUUUACAAACACAUGCAAGAUCAAAUUCAUGACUUUUCAACUUUAAUGGAUAGGAACGAGUGCUGGCUGUGGUGCAGUGACCAGUUUGUUUCUCCUCGGGAUUUGGUUUUAGACUACCCGCCUAGUCUAGAUCUGAGCUCGUGGGUGAGGAAAUUGCCUCAGGAAUUCCUACCAUACAAGAAGCUCUUGAAGGAGUUUGGUCUGAGGUCAGUGCUUUCACAGCAUGACAUUGUUGACAUUCUCUAUUCCAUCAUGAAAACUCUUGAAGGAAGACAGCCGCCAACUGCAAGGCUCUCUGAGAUUAAAGUCUCCAUAGAAAUUGUCAAAUGGAUAUGGAAGGAGAAGAUGACUGUUCAGGAGGACAUCCCAGUGCCAGUCAUGACACAUGAAGGUCAGUAUACCCUGAAAUCAAUGUCGACGGCUGUUUUCUGCGAUUUGAGCAAAAAAAGUCUGCCAGGGCUUCAAUACAGCAAGGAAAAAGUGCAUGUCUUACACGAGGAGAUUCCAAAAGCUGCUGCUGAAUGGUUCAACAUCCAGUUUCUUAGUACGUACAUCCUCGAUCCUGAGCUUGUGGGAAUUGAGCAGUGUGGACAAUCUGAGCCCAUAACAAUGAGGAUUAAAAACAUUCUCAAAGAGUACGAUGAAGAAAGCGACAUCUUCAAAGAGCUCAUUCAGAAUGCAGAAGAUGCUGGAGCAGACGCUUGUAAAUUCUUAGUGGAUUUCAGGGUACACACGAAUCCCACUGAAAAUCUCAUAGAUCCUAGUAUGGCCCUUUGUCAAGGCCCUUGCCUUUGGGCAUUCAAUAAUGAGACAUUCACAGAUGAGGACUGGAAGAAUAUCGUGAGAGUGGGGUCUGCCUCAAAAGAAAACAUGGUGGGAAAAAUUGGCAAGUUUGGACUUGGAUUCAACACUGUCUAUCAUGUGACGGACAUUCCUUCAGUCUUAAGUGGAAACAAACUCCUUAUACUUGAUCCGAAUGUGACUCACCUGAAAAAGAUAAUCAGAAACAAAUCCAAUCCUGGAAUCAGAUUGGACCUCUCCCAAACGCAACAGUUUCAUUGUUUCCCUGGUCAGUUUGGACCAUAUGAAAACAUUUUUAACUGCAGUUUCACCACACAAAGUCUUCCACACCCUUAUCAGGGUACCCUCAUCAAGCUUCCUUUUCGAACUAAGGAAGAAGCUCUCCAAUCGGAGAUAAGCACCAGAGUAUAUGACAAACACGGCAUUGUCUCUUUUCAGCAAGAGUUCAUCGACUAUUCUCAAAUGUAUACCCUGUUCCUGAAGAACAUUAAGACGUUGUCCUUGCAAACUCUCUCGCAACAUGCAGCAACUCCUCCAAGAGAUGAUGAAAUACAAACCGUCCUCACUGUCACCAAAACUACCCUGAGUGAGAUAAUAAUUCCAGGUCACAGUCGUCAGUCAGCGCAAAUUAGAGCUGAAAAGUCAUUGCUGAAACAAGGUGAGAAUCGCAAAGAAGUGAUUGACUGCUGUAUCGUCACCAUGGUCCAAAUAAGCAGCGAACAAUCCGGUAGAAGACAAAGUCAGUCUUGGCUCAUGCACAACUGCUUUGGCACAAAUCAGUCUUUAAAAAUGGCCCAGCAACAGGACAACCGAGUCAAGUUCUCCUUGCCGAUUGGGGGAAUAGCUGUGCCUCUGCAAGAAGAUCCAGGAAGUGGAACAUUUUCCAUCCUGGAAACCAAGCUGGCUGGCCAGGCAUUUUGCUUCCUCCCACUUCACAUUCACACUGGUCUCCCAGUCAAUGUCAAUGGAACAUUCGCUGUAACAAGUAAUCGCAAAGGUCUGUGGGAAAGCGGGCUGAAAAACGACUGGAACAAGGCUCUACUUCAGGAUCCCAUCGUGACAGCAUAUGUGACCGCACUUUUGGUAUUGAAGAGCAUGUCGGAAAAUGGCCAACUGAAAAGUUACUCUUAUCACACCUUUUGGCCUGAUAGGGAAAAUGUGAUUGACACUUUCAAACCUCUAGUUGAUAAGUUUUACUCCACCAUCACCGAGGACGUCAAUGCCCCAGAGGUCUUCUGCGAUGGCAAAAAAUGGUGUUCAGUGAACAAUGCCAUAUUUUUACAUGAAACGAUUGAAGUGGAUGAAACGAUGCAUCGACUUGUCAUGCAGGUGUGCCAAAAACAUCUCCAAGAACCAAACCGUGUAGUUCCUCUUCCACUUUGGUUGCGAAAUAGCUUCAAACAGGGUGGCCUUGAGAAGAUUUUGCAGGAGAAAACGUGGAACUGGGAAAGGUUUUAUCAAGACGUGGUGUUUGAGAACCUUGCCACCUUGGACGUUCAGAGUAGAGAUACUCUUUUGCUACAUGCCAUUGACCUUAACUCAGAGGAAAUUGACCAUCUAUUGAUGAAGUAUCCGUGCAUCCCCACAAUGGAUGGACACCUGCAGCAGAUCAAGAAACUCGUGAAUCCAUCAGGCAAGCUGGCUCGUCUAUUUGAAGAUGAGAAGGGGAGAUUACUGGGAGGUACAGAGAGUGACUUUUGCUCCCCAAGGAGGAUUCAACGUCUGCUGGAGCUUGGGAUGGCAAAUGACCACCUUCCGCUGGAAGCGGUAGUCGAGAGAGCAGAAAAGACCCUAACCUUUUGGAAGGCUGACAAAAGAAAAGCAUACGGAUAUUUGAAGUGCCUUCUUGAACUCAUGAAGGAUCACGUGAAUGACAAAGACUCCUGCCACUGGCAAAAUUUAAGAAAGAUCCCAUUUCUCCCAGCAUUUUGCUGCUGCAGUACAAAGACAGGCCUGAGAAGGCCAAUUGACAUUUUCAGUGAAAAAUGCGCACUGCUGGUUGACAGAACCCAACCUGUGCUGGAUCAUUCUGGCCUGAACGUACAUGUUACUGAUCCGAUCCUACAAAUGCUAGGGAUUCGCGAUACCCCUGCACCUGACAUGGUGCUCCAGCAGCUGCAAAAAACACAGGAGCAAUCAAGAUCCAUGGACAAAUCCAAGCUUCAUACGAUUGCCUGCGAAUGCUACAGCUUUCUGGAUAGAUAUGUCUGCGAGUCAAAUACAUCAACAAUCAUAUCUCAGGGGGCUCAAUCAUUCCCAUUCAUUUUUGACGGCAAUAUAUUUGUCAACGUGAAUCGUGUGGCUGUCAACGUGCAAUUUGAUGCCACGCCCUAUCUGCAUGUACUUCCAACUGCCUUUGCUGGUUUACGGAGUCUUUGGGAGUGCGUAGGUAUUAAAGACACAUUCACUCUUCACCAGUUUCUUACUAUACUUCAAGAAGUUCAUUUGAAACAUGGCGACAAACCCUUGCCAAGGAAUGAUCUCAAAAUUUGUCUUACAAUUUUAAACAGAGGCAUAUACUCUGCCAAAGAGAAUGUCACAAGCGACUGUCUCAUACCCAAUGAGCGUGGGGUUUUGGUACCUGCCUGCCAGCUUUUCUUUAAUGACAGCCCAUGGAUGCCAGUUACGACGGAUGUUACUCUCUGUCAUCAGGAUAUCCCACGUGCUAUGGCACUCCAUUUUGGAAUCAAAACAACCAGGCAUCAUACUCUGCAAAGCCAUGCCGUCGACAGCCUCUUUCCACAUUCUUUCCAGUUUGAACAAAAAGAGCACUUAACUGUUAGAAUUAAAAACAUCAUUUGUGCCUAUCCGUCAAAGAAGGAUAUCCUCAAAGAACUCAUCCAGAACGCCGAUGAUGCAGAGGCUACGGAAAUACAUUUUGUUUGGGAUAGACGACAGCACGGCACUGAAAAAACCUUUGGAGAGAAAUGGAACAUGCUACAGGGCCCAGCGCUCUGCGUCUUCAACAACAGUUUGUUUUCAGACACGGACCUGGCUGGCAUUCAGCAGCUGGGAACUGGAGGAAAGCGCCACGACCCAGGCAAGAUUGGAAAAUAUGGACUCGGAUUCACUUCUGUUUACCAUCUGACUGACUGCCCCUCGAUCCUCACUGGAGAUGACUUGCUAUGCAUUUCCGAUCCCAAUCAAAAUUACAUUGAAAGCCACAAUGAACAUGUGCGCGCGGGCAUUGGCUAUAAACUUGGUGACACGUUCAAGGAAAUGUACGAGGAUGUUUACAAAUCCUAUCUUCCAGACACAUUUUCCCUUAAAGACGGAACCAUGAUUAGGUUGCCUCUCAGGACUUUUACCAUGGCAGGGAUCUCAAAAAUAUCACAAAGGGAAGUCACCGACUAUGACAUGAAAGACCUGUGUGCUGCCCUAUCCGAGGACCCCGAAGGGCUUAUUUUGUUUUUGAAAAAUAUCUGCAAAGUUGAGGUCCAUGAAAUCAACGAUCAUUCAGAUGGAAUCACAACAAUCUUUGCAGUCGAGAAGAAUACACCACCAUCAGGACAAGAAAAAGAGGCUGGCAUACGGUGUCCUCCAAAUGCUGUUCCAAGCAAAGACUCAGUCCCAUGCAAGGCAAUUUAUGAAACGGUGAUUUCAACCUCAGACAAAAGACAAAGCAAAUGGAUCAUCGCAGAGCAGUUUAGCACACUGCAGUGCACUGACGGAGAAGAAAAAUAUUCACGAGCAACAGUAGCAGCACGUGUAAGCUCAAAAAGACCACUCAGCCGCAGUCCUUUUAAGGGAGGAGCCUUUUGUUUGCUUCCUCUACCAGGCACCACUGGUCUGCCUGUGCACAUCAAUGCAGAUUUUGAGGUCGACUCUGCCAGGAGAAGCCUUUGGAAAGAAGACGGACGGAGUCUGAAAGCAAACUGGAACGAAUUGUUGAAAAGCAACAUCAUUGCACCACUGUAUGCGGAUCUUCUUCAUUACAUCAGGCCAACCAUUUCAGUGACGACAGCUAGUCGUGAAAAAAUUAUGUCGUUUUUAUCUACAUCAUUCCUGUGUUUCUGGCCAACGGUGUCUGAAGAUGUUGGUCAGGAAUGGCAUGAAAUGAUACACGAGGUAUACAGAUCAAUUAUUCAAAGAGGGCUUGAUGUCAUUCCAGUGUUAAGAUGCACAAAGCGAGUAACUACUACAAAGCCACUGACGACUACCACUGAAUAUUCUAUUGAGUGGCGAGAUGCAAGAGAAAGCACACCGACAGCAGCACCCUACUUGGAAUCAUCCGACUGGGAGAUAAAUCACAUUUUGAAGGACCUUGGCAUGGAUGUGGUUCCCUUAUCCAGUGAAAUCAAGAGGAUAUGGGAUGGUUUCAAAAGUGCUGGCAUUGCCGUUAAAGAUAUAAACCCUUCAAGUGUUCAGACCUUCUUAAGAGCAAAGGCUGUCCAUAAUCCAGAGCAAACAAGCGCUGCGCUACCGCUGCCCAUAAAGGACACGCUCAUCCAAAAUCCAAAAAGAUGCUCAACGCUCCUGCGUUUCUGUCUACGUGAUAUCUACCUGCUAGAAAAGAUCACAGAUAAGCAUUCCGCUCUACUCAAUGGCCUUCCUCUUCUUCUCACAGCGGACGGGGUUCUUAGGGUGUUUGACAACAAAUCACCAAAGCUGAUAUCCAUCUACAGCAGUCUGUUCUCUGGCUACGAGCAUGAUUUUGUCCAUUACCAGACAAACUGUGACUUUUUGAAGGUGCUAAAAGCCCUGAGGCUUGCCAGCAAUUUGACAGUUCCCAGUGCUUCCGACUGGUUGAAGCUCUUGAUUCAGCAGAAUCUUGACAAAUGUGAGCUUGACCCAAAGCACGGUCUUUAUAUUCCGACGAAAGAAAUGGUAGCAUGGCUGAAAUUGCUGUGGAAAUUCUUACUAAGCCAUGUAAAAGACCAAAGUCAGGGUGAUGAUCAACAUUUGUCAUUAACUGACGUAAAGCAGCUCUUCAGCGACUUCUGCAUUUUACCUGUUGUGUGCCCAAGGUCAAACAUGUGCCUCCUUCAAAAAAUGAAAGACAUGCCCAGUGUCAUUGCCUACAGAUUAGACGACGAUAUAUCUGACAUUUUGUUCAAACUGGGUUUCAUGAAACUUGACUUUGCCUUUUUCAUAGAGGCUGAUCGUCACAAAUUCUCACUUCUGCCACCUGAACUAUUGAAUGUCAAUGACAAAAGUUCUGUGCUGGACCAAGUCGUCACUCUUCAGCGCUCAGAAUUUUACCAGCUUUCUUCAGAUGAUAUGAGACAACUUCAAACCUUUCUGCAGUCCGGACAGUCCAUAAAUUGUCCAGCAUAUCAAAGCAAGUUCCGAUCGCUGCCAUUAUUUGAAACAAUACAUGGCGAUCGAGUGAGGAUCGAUGGCCCUGAAGUGGUUUACAUCCUCACCUUGAGCGCGCAGUCAAUGAUUCAAUUCCCAGACUUGUUCAAACCUCCCAAGUGCAACAGUAUUUUUCUCAAAAACAAUCCUGAGAACAUCAGUGUGGCUCCAGCUUUGAACAUUCAGACCUUGAAUGAUUUGGAGUAUUUCGUGAAGAUCAUUCUGCCUGUCGUGCAGAAACUCUCGAAGCGUCAGAAGCUUCAGUGCCUCAAACUGUUACUCUCACAGCAACAUCUUGACAGUUAUUUUCAGCACAAGUCUGCCAUCAUUUCCAAACUGAAGACGGUACCAAUGAUUGAAAAUGCCGAGGGCCAAGUGGUACCCAUCUCAUACUAUUAUGAUCACAGAGUUGCCUUGUAUCAGGUGAUGUUGCCUCGAGAGAAAUUUGUGCCUGAGAGUGUUUGGGCUAAGUUGUGCGAAGCAAAACAAUACAAAGAACAAGCAGCGUGGCAGUUACUCCAGGAGCUUGGAUUGAAACACGUUGUGUCCAAAGACGAUAUCAUAUGUUUUGCAAAGAAGGUUGAGUCGGAAGCUGAGGCGAAUGGUCACUCUCAGGAGCUGCAACAGAAAUCCAGCCUAGUUCUCAAAGAAGCCUUGAGAGUUGCAAGUGAUGAGCAAACAUUGCUGGCCAGCAUAACCAACAUCAAGUUCAUUUUUCCUGUCAAAGUAAAAAAAGAACUGUGUGACUAUCAUUUGCCAUUUGCUCCAGAGACCACCACGGUUCACAUCGAAGGGUCUUUAAUUGAAAGCCAUUACAGGGAUCAAGAACUGGUUUGGUCUUCAAUGCCAAUAAUACAUCUACCAGAAAAGUUAAAGGAGGAUCUGGAAAGGAUUACGCAAGCGGGAGCUUAUGAAAAACCGCCUGCAAAUUGCGUAACCAGAAACUUGUCAAAUGUCUGCCUGUCACUUUGUGAAACAGACAUUCAGAUGGAAACCCGUGCAACUGUGCUUCGAUAUUCUUAUGCCUACUUGCAAAUGAUCAAUUUUGACAGCCGAUCACUGAAUGGUGUCCCGCUCGUGUUGGUUGAAAAUGACAAAAAAGUGGUGAGGACCGGAAAUGUUGUGCUUUCACUCCCCCACGAACCUGACUUUAGGCCAUAUUUGUACAAAAUUCCAACCAAGUACAUGCCGUUUUGGCAAUUCUUCAGCAAAAUUGGUGUGAAGGAGGCACCAACUGCAGUGCAGUACUGCAAUGUUCUGGCAGCGGUCAACGCUGAUUCCAUUGCAAAACCCCGUCUGAACCAUAACCAAAAGAAAACGGCUGAACGUGCUGUGGGGGAGUUGUUCCUCUUACUUCAAAAGAAGGGCCACCAGUCUCUUCCAGACAGUGUAAAGACUUUGUACCUGCCUGCUGUAGAUGGAAAACUCUACCCGUCAUGUGAACUGUAUUUCAACAACACAGCGUUUGACCUCCAACGGUUGGAAGCGGCGCUGGAUAAAGAGUUCCUGUUGCUUGAGAAACUCAGUACAUGUCAUUUGGGCACAGACAUGUACGAGCACUGUCGUCUGCUGCAGUUGCUGCCCCAUCGGCUCCAACCUAAAAUGCUGUCGCAGGUCACUGAAGAAAAAGUCGUUCAAUCACACAUGCAACUUUGUGAACUUGGUCCGGCCUGUGAUUUUCGUGGCUGGUUUGACAACCACCUCACUUCGAGCGCAUUCACCCAUGGAUUGAUUUGUCUUAUGAGGGAGCAGUCAAAAGGGAAAAUUACCCAAGAGGAGGCUGCCGAUAUGUGUAAAAAUAUAUUUGGCAGGAUAGAGAUUGUGUGUUGCACAAGCCUGAUGACGGAGCUGUGGCUGAAAGAGCGAGCUCUGGAGAACACGGCCCGCGAGACCGACGUUUUUGUCCAGCAAGUACAAAGAGGUUGCGUCUUUUACAUGAAACACAAUGACGCCAUGCUCUCAAAGGUCAUAAAUGAGGUCAACAUGACUUUGACAAAGGUGAUCAGCUCUAUGUUAGGAAACAGAAUUUUGUCAGAGCACCUCCUGAUCCUCGGGCAGCUCCUCUGGUGUGACAGUCUGGAAGAUGUUCGUAAAACUCUGGCCAAGACCGGGAUCCGUGACAGUGUUGAUGUGGAAACUUUUCUCACCGGCACGCAGGCCCCGAAAGGAGAGAUUCCAGAGGAGUGGCAUGAUUCCUUAGACAUGAAUGUCCUCAACAACUUUGAAGAGGGAGAAUGUGUCGCUUACUGCAUUGACAACAAGUACUUAUAUGCAGUCAUAGUGGAGGUACUACCUUCACAACACGGACCUCACUCACAGAGAUACAAAAUAAGGAUCGGUGAAAAUGAGAUUAUUGAUGUCGGCAUUGCAGACCUGUAUCAGUUUAAAUCAGAAGGCAUGCCACAACUCGAGUUUGACGAACCCAUAGAGGCCGACAGUAUGAAUUUGAGAGUAGCGACAUACCAACACUCUUCAGCUUCUUCAUCCACAAGAGGUUUACCGGCAACUUUUGAAGAAGCAGUGGAGGAAAUUGACCAAAGUUUGGAAGAGAUCUGGACUCUUCCAGAGGUGGAGAGGAUAAAAUACGGCAAGCGACUGUACCUCAAAUGGCACCAUGACAAAAACCCUCAGUGUCGCUAUGUCACAAAGGCAGUCGAAUAUGUGAGACACAGAACUUGCAUUUCAUUUGGACCUUUCUACUCGCAAUGGGACGAGGAGGCUUUGCACCACAGAAGUGGGCGAGAACGAAUUUUCCUGCAAUAUCAUUCCUACAACUUUUGGGACCAAAACAAAUAUGUCCCAAGGCCCAACAGAGGGGAGGCCCGACGGUGGUGUCGGCAGGCCCGAUGUGACCUCAAUGCCGCGGACAGUGAAAGCAGCGGGGGGAGCGCAGAGUGGUGCCUGUUCAAAGUCCACCAGGCGGUAGAAAAGUCCCUCAUUGCUGUCGAGUACAAAACAAACGGCCAACGUCUUGGCGGCACCAUUUCAACCAUGGCUACAAAAGUCUCAUUCUACAGCCCCGUGCUGAGAGACCUGCCGAAGAGGGUGGCCCAACUGCAGGCCUUUGGCGUGCAUGCUAAAAAGACGCAAUAUCCCAACUGCCAUCCUUUCCCCAGCAUCCCAAAUGAAUGUUUCCAUUUGGACAAUGUGGGCGGGGCAUUGAGAGCAGCAACUCAACUUUUGGCUGCAGUGGAAACCUAUGUGAAUUAAAGCUCUGCAACAAACACGCGCCAUAUACUGGACAAACUUGGUUUACGCUUUUUCAAUUCAGUGGGCCAAUCACAUUUACUAAUGAACCCACUUGGGUUUGAUUGCAUUCCUUUCAUCGUGGUCCCACAGCUAUGUUUUGUGUGACUGUAGAAAUGUUAUAAUGCUUUGUCCAAUUGUCAUCAUCAGUGGCUUUCUUAGGUGUUCUUCUGUUCCAUGUUUCGAUCCAGAUGAUUGUCAUUUGUUAUACUGAAAAUGUACUACUACUUCAUUGAAUGCAGCACCUGACAAAAUACCCAUUGUUUGCAAAAGCCAAAUCCACUUGUUUUUUGGGACCCUUAUGUAUUCUUACAAAGAAA